AUGGUGAAUGUUCCCAAAACAAGAAAAACCUACUGCAGUAAUAAAUGCAAAAAGCACACCAUGCAUAAAGUUAGUCAGUAUAAAAAGGGAAAGGAAAGAUUAUCAGCAUUAGGAAGAAGAAGAUAUGAUAUGAAACAAAAGGGUUUCGGUGGUCAAACAAAACCUGUUUUUAAAAAAAAAGCGAAAACUACAAAAAAAAUUGUUCUCAAAUUGGAAUGCACAAAAUGUAAGAAGAAGAGAUUUCAGACCUUGAAAAGAUGCAAAACAUUUGAAAUGGGAGCAGACAAAAAGAAGAAAGGAGCAGUAUAUUAA